GAAUAUGGCGGGAAAAUCGCCUAGGGUACAAGAGCAUAGAGAAGAAAGAAACUGUAUCACAAAUUUUCGUCAACACUGUUUCCUUUGUUUCGUUGAUUGAAGAAUGGAUACCAACGGCAGUUGGGACGAGGACGAGGACGAAGAGUUCGAGUUCUCAAGAAACUAUUUUCUGGCGAAGGAGCUUGCUUCCUCGGCCAAAAAAUCGAAGCACAAACUCACAGACAUCGACGUUGUUGACGAACAGGAAUUGAGGGAAGCUGCAUCGCGAAUUCAACCCAAGCAUGAAGACGAGAUCGCUCUCUUAUUGGACUCCUAUAAAACUAUGUACCCUGAAUGGCUUUUGGCGCUAAGGUGUGGUUUCGGGCUUCUAAUGUAUGGAUUUGGAUCUAAGAAGACUUUGAUUGAAGAUUUUGCUUCGACGGCUCUGACUGAGUAUUCUGUAGUUGUUAUUAAUGGAUAUCUUCAAUCCAUCAACUUAAAACAGGCUAUGAUAGCUUUAGCUGAAGUUCUGUGGGACCAAAUAAAAACAAAACGAAGGGUUUCACAUCGGGAAUUGCCAAAGAACCAAUUUAAUUCUCAAUCAAUGGAAGAACUUCUCACAUUCUUGGAUCAAGCAGAAAUAGAUGAUGUUGAUUUUUUUGUUUGUGUCGUUAUUCACAAUAUUGAUGGACCUGGAUUGAGGGACUCUGAAACCCAACAGUACCUUGCUCGACUAGCUGCCUGUGCCCGUAUUCGCAUUGUUGCCACUAUUGACCACGUCAAUGCUCCACUGUUUUGGGACAAAAAUAUGGCCCACACGCAGUUCAAUUGGUGCUGGUAUCACGUUCCUACUUUUGCCCCUUACAAGGUUGAAGGCAUGUUUUAUCCUAUGAUUCUUGCUCAUGGCAGUGCCAGCCAAACUGUCAAAACAGCCACAAUAGUUUUGCUAAGUUUGACACGUAAUGCUCAGAGUGUAUUCAAAGUUCUUGCUGAACAUCAACUCUCUCACCCUGACGAAGGAAUGCCAAUUAGUGAUCUCUACUCAGUGUGUCGAGAACGUUUCCUUGUUAGCAGUCAAGUUACCCUGAACUCUCAUCUAACUGAAUUUAAAGACCAUGAGCUGGUCAAGAUUAAAAAGCAUUCUGAUGGUCAAGAUUGCUUGCACAUCCCACUGACAGCAGAAGCACUUCAGAAAGUGGUGCUUGAGAUCAAUUAGUGAAUUCAAAUGAAAUUGAAUGUGGAAGCAAACUAGUUAAAUGGAAAAUUUCCACUAUUGGAUGAUUAAGCAGGCUCUGUUUAUGAAUCAAUGAUAACCAUGGAGAUUUAGGUCAAAUAUGUCUGUCUCCUCAAAUUGAAGGUUGUAGGAUUGUUGAAUAUCACAAGUUUUAGGCGGAGAACAAAGGUGAUACUCAUAGGAUGUUGUUCUUAACUUUGGGAAAAUGUAUAAAAGACAAUGGUUUAUUAAAUAAGUUAUUUUGGUAACUCCAAAUUGAAA